AUGGCAGCUGAGAAGAAGGCAACUGUCUUGCAGAGUGAGAAUGAGGACUUGAAGAAGGAAAAUGAGGACUUGAAGAAGGAAAAUGAGGACUUGAAGAAGGAGAAUGAGGACUUGAAGAAGGAGAAUGAGGAUAUGGAGAGUUACAUUCGGCUCUUCAUUCCGAGGACAGAGGCAUCUCCGAGGAUGGGCUCAACGGGCUGGAGGCGAUUCCGCAGUGAUGUAUCAGCGACGACUUGGAGACUGGCUUUUGAUACCCAGUGGCUAUUGCGCAUGGAAGAAGGACCUCAGAAUACGGUUGGAACGAUCGUUUUACGAUUGUCAUGA